AAUUAUUAUAUCUAAUGGAGCCACUCUUAGAUCCUUGUAAUGAUCGACAGGUUACUUCUGUAGAGCCACCUCCUUCUUUACCCCUUUCUGACGAAGCAAUGUGGAGCGACAUGGAUGUCCCUGAUUGGGAAGUAGUCAGAGACCAUUUGAAGAAAGAAGGCAAACUUCAAAAAGAACAAGUUAUGAGACUAUGAGAGACAGUCUUGGAAAUCACCAAGAAGGAGCCAACCCUUGUUCACAUGGAAGAACCAAUCUGCAUAGUUGGGGAUAUUCAUGGCCAGUAUUAUGAUUUAUGCCACUUACUUGAGAAGGCAGGGAAACCUAAGAAAAUCAACUAUUUGUUCCUUGGAGAUUAUGUCGAUCGAGGAAUUUUUUCAAUGGAAGUGGUAAUCCUACUGCUCUCCCUCAAGAUUAACUACCCUGAGAAAAUCGUACUCUUAAGAGGAAACCACGAGUGAAGAAAUAUGACCCAGCAUUUUACCUUCAGAGAGGAAGCUAUCCGAAAAUUCGAUGAGGAAGUAUACCAAACCGUGAUGGAUGUAUUUGAUGCCAUGCCACUUGCAGCAGUGGUCAGUAAAAAGUAUUUAGCUGUCCACGGUGGAAUUUCUCCAGAUCUCAAGAAACUUGACAGCUUGGAAAGCAUCAAUAGAUUUACAGAACCUCCCACUGAUGGGUUAUUCUGAGAUCUUCUUUGGGCAGAUCCCCUUGAUGAUACAGAAGCUCUUGAAUGUGAUUAUAGAGAUAAUCAAGAUAGGGAAUGAUCCUAUAUGUUCGGCAGAAAGCCAGUUAAAUAAACUGCUUGAAAAACAUGACUUAAUGUCGGUUGUAAGAGCUCAUCAAGUUCAGAUAGAUGGCUAUAAGAUGCAUCGCUGGGAUGGAGAAUCAAGUUUCCCAUACGUGGUGACAAUCUUUUCAGCGCCGAAUUAUUGCGAUUAUUAUUCAAAUAAAGCUGCUGUAUUAAUACUAAAGGAUGAUAAGAUAAGUAUCAAGCAGUAUGAUCAAUCUGAGCAUCCUUAUUUUCUGCCAGAUCAGAUAGAUGUCUUUUCCUGGUCAUUGCCGUUCUUAGCUGAUAAGGUCAUUACAAUGCUGAAAUCGCUACUUGAGCAUGGUAUUACAGACGAAGAUAUGGUCGAUGAGGAUCUUGAGUCUGAAGCUGUUAGCAAAGUCCUAGAAACAGCUGAAAGAUCCAAGAAAGUUGGAGUUAUAAAAAUGAAGGUGAAAUCCGUUGCAAGAAUGCAUAAAAUUUUUAGAACUCUCAAAGACGAAAAUGAAUUAUUACUCCAAAUUAAAGGAAUGGCUCCUGACGGGAAAAUACCAAAGGGUCUGCUAUUGGAAGGGAGACCUGCUAUUAGGGAUACAUUUAAGGAAUUUGCUCAGGCCAAGAAGUUAGAUGAAGUGAAUGAAAGAUAUCCUAAGUAAUUAAAACAC